AUGGAGCAGUUCGUUGGCUCUGAUCUUAGAAACUUAAUGAGCCUUCUCAACAUAAAAGAAGAUUCAAUAUCUGACAAUGAAGAAUAUGAAGCAGCACAGGUUAAAGUUGCUGAUCCAUCUGACAUUGGUAGGAAAGAAUCAUUACACAAAGAAACAUCGAAAGAUCCUUACAGCUUGCUUAAAGCUUCGCAAGAUAUUUGGUCUGAUGAUGAAGUAAUGGAUGAGGAGUUUGUUGAAGAUUGUGCCAGAACUACACCAGAAUAUGAAAUUGUUUAUCAGCAAGAUGUAACAACAGAUGAUGUUUACUUGCAGAUGAGUGACAAAGGACCUGGAUCAAAUAGCUGUGAAAGUUUAUUAGUAAAAAUUAAAUUACUUAAUACACAUUCAAAAGAUGAUAUCACAUUGAAGAUCUCCUCAAAUAAUUUGGUAUGCAAAACAAAUAAAUAUUUCCUGGAGUUAAAUUUCCCUAGAAGCUCAGACCCUGAAAAGUGUUCUGCCAUAUGGAAUGAAGAGUGUGAAAUAUUGACUGUUAAGUUAUUUUAUGGAGUAAAAUCACUCUUUGACAUAUGA